AUGAUUUUCACACCAAUAUUAUUUGCAAUAUUUAUGACAUUUAUCAACGGUAUACUUUCUAAAAGCGUUGAACUUACCUUCGAGUUACCUGAUAGUGCAGUAGAAUGUUUUUAUGAAGAAAUAGAAAAAAAUACAUCAGCGGCAUUAGAAUAUCAGGUAAUUACCGGAGGGCAAUACGAUGUCGAUGUCAAGAUAGAAGGUCCCAAUAAGCAAAUUAUUUACCAACAACAGAAAAUGCAAUAUGAUUCUCAUCAGUUUACUACACAAUUAUCAGGUAUUUACAAGGUUUGCUUCAGCAAUGAAUUUAGUACAUUCUCCCAUAAACUUGUGUACAUGGAACUUAAUGUGGGUCCUGAGAAGCCUUUGCCUGGAGUUGGAGACCAUGCAACUGUCCUAACACAGCUGGAAACUUCUGCUGAAGAAAUUCACUCAGCCCUGAACAGAAUCAUUGACCACCAAACUCACCACAGGCUAAGAGAGGCUCAGGGCCGCAAAAGGGCCGAGGAUCUCAAUGAGAGAGUAUUCUGGUGGUCCAUGGGUGAAUCCCUAGCUAUUGUUUGUGUAGCAUUCGCACAAGUUAUGGUUCUCAAGAACUUCUUCAGUGACCGACCAACGUUAUACAAUCGAAUGUAA